UGAUUCUCACUCUACCUACCUAACCCAGUUUCAUCUAAAAAUCAGUCUCGCUCGGGCAUUCGAUCGUACAACAUAAAAAAAAAGUAAAAACCGUGAACGAAAAAUUUGAAAACUCCCAAAAUACUAGUAAAAUUUUUAGACUGCUAAAAAAAAUCUCAAUAUACGCUGCCUUAUAAUGGUCGGUAUACUACGUUUUGUGUUGCGCUUCUGUAAAAACCUUUUACCAUCGGCUCGGAACAAAACUAACCACCGCGGAGUGUCAUCAGGCCGUGUUACUUCAGCCAAGUCGCGUCGCCGUCGUGCCAAUGCCACUACCACUACUAGGUGCCGGAAUGCAAGGAAUGCAGCCAUAUUGACCAACAUGGAAACAGAAACACAGGUUCUGGACCAAGUAACACAAGUGACUUAUGGUGAAAUUUUAAUGGAGGCUGGACAGAGCCAAGAUGAUGAUGUUAUAAUGGAGGGCGAUCAAUCUCUGCCCCAAGGUGUUCCCCAAAGCGUUGUGAUGGAGGGCGAUCAAUCUCUGAAUGUAGAAAACCCCCAAGAAGUGCCCAGGCCGACCCGGAGAGGGUCCCGAAAAGUGCAAAAGAAGUCAAAAAAAGUAGCACAGGCAAAGCCCCAAGACAUAUCCCAGGAUCUUCACCUAGACGUAUCCCAGGAUCUUCACCUAGACGUAUCCCAGGAUCUUCACCUAGACGUUCCCCAGGAUCUUCACCUAGACGUAUCCCAGGAUCUUCCUGAAGGCGUUCCCCAAGGCCUUCCCCAGUACGAUUCCCAGGACGAGAGCCAAGGGGUACCACAGGUGGUGCCCCCGGCACUAGUAGAAAUACAUUCCGAGCCCCAGCCAGUUGAGGAUCGAGAUCAGUAUCGGCCGAGAAUCCAACCUAGAAGAGACGCAGCCAUGGAGAAUCUAGACGAGAUCCAACUAAGCGAUGAUGACCCCCCGAGCGAUGAAAACGAUAACGCGCCCAAUGAAUACUAUGAAUACAAUACCGAUGAAAGCGAUUAUGACCCGAGCGAUGACAUCCAGAUGGAGGAACCAAAACCAAUCCUCACUAGCAUCCUGGACUAUGUGGAGAAGUUUCUAGAAUGAGCCUCCCUAUUGAUUGUUAAAAUUUUUCGUUAUGUUUUAAUUAUUCGUAUUUUGACAAUUUUCUAAACAGUUUUACACCAACAAAAUUCCACACCAUAAUACACCAAAACUUAAAAUUUAGAAAGCAAUUAAAAAAAAUAUGUUUGUUCGAAGGAA